AUGGCUUCCCUCUGCACGAACAACUUGAUGCGGCUCAGCGCGGCCGGGAAGCUCUGUACAGCUAUGGGCAUCAGGCUUGUAAAUAAUACGCAGGUUGUUCAUUUGGCGGCUAAUGCAGGUUUCGAUGCCCUUUUCAUUGAUCUGGAGCACUCGACACUAUCAAUACAGGAUUCAAGCCAGCAUUGCAUAGUAGGGCUGCAGCGAGGUAUCACACCAUUCGUCAGGGUUCCUUACCAGUGCGGCAACGGCUUUGUACAGAAGGUAUUAGAUGGUGGGGCUAUGGGUGUGAUCUUCCCUCAUAUCCGAGGUCGAGAGGACGCACAGGCGGCGGUGUCGAUUUGCAAGUAUCCACCUCAGGGGACUCGGUCCAUCACUGGACAGCUACCGCUCUUCUCUCUCAAGGCAAAACCGCAAGAGUCGAUAAUAUCUGAGACAAACGCCGACGGCUCCAGCGUCUUCCUGAUGAUUGAGACGAAAGAAAGCGUAGACAAUAUCGAAGACAUAGCAUCGGUCCAAGGCGCAGAUGUCAUCUUGGUUGGCUCGAACGACCUCGCUAUCGAGCUUGGAGUACCAGCCCAGUUUGGCAGCAAUACCUUUCGGGAGGCCUUGGAAAUUGUCAGCAAAGCCUGCAAAAAACAUGGGAAAAUCUUCGGCUUGGCAGGUAUUUAUGAUAAUCACGACUUGCAUGACUGGGCUAUCAAUGGACUGGGGGCACGUUUUCUUCUUGGCGGGCAGGACUCGGCGAUACUGGCCAAAGGCGCGAAGGAGACCAUGGCAGCGAUCACGAAAGUACCUACCUAG